CCAGCCCCAAGGCGGCCCCCGAAUCCCGGCCCCGUACCGGCCACCGGCGGCGGCAUGAACGGCACCGGCGCGGCGGGCAACCGGAGCUGCGGGGGCGGCGGCGGCGGCGGCGAGGAGCCCGUCCCGCUGCCCACCUUCUCCACCGCCGCCAAGGUGCGCGUGGCGCUGACCUGCGUCCUCUUCCUCUCCUCGGCUUGCUGCAACGGGGCCGUGCUCUGGGCGGCCGCCCGGGCUCCCCGCCGGCGCCCGCCUCGCGUCCGCCUGCUGAUGGCGAACCUGGCGGCGGCCGACCUGCUGGUGACGGUGGUGGUGAUGCCGCUGGACGCCGCCUGGAACGCCACGGUGCAGUGGUACGGCGGCGACGCGGCGUGCCGGGCGCUCAUGUUCCUCAAGCUGGCCGCCAUGUACGCCUCGGCCUUCGUCACCGUGGUCAUCGCGCUGGACCGCCACGCCGCCAUCGUCACCCCGCUGGCCGUGGGGCGCGCCGAGAGGAGGAACAAGGCGAUGCUGAGCGCCGCCUGGACGCUCAGCGCCCUGCUGGCCCUGCCCCAGGCGUUCGUCUUCCACACGGUGAGCCGGUCGCGGCCCCGGCGCUUCGUGCAGUGCGCCACGCUGGGCAGCUUCGGGGCGCACUGGCAGGAGACGCUCUACAACAUGUUCACCUUCGCCUGCCUCUUCCUGCUGCCGCUGCUCGUCAUGGUGCUCUGCUACGGCCGCAUCCUCGCCGCCAUCUCGGGCAGGAUGAAGGAGGCCCACGCCUCCUCCUCCCGGGAGUUCCAGCUCCGGCGGUCCUACAACAACAUCCCGCGGGCCCGGAUGCGGACACUGCGCAUGUCCAUCGCCAUCGUGCUGACCUUCAUCGUCUGCUGGACGCCCUACUACCUGCUGGGCCUCUGGUACUGGUUCUCCCCCGAGAUGCUGACCCGCCAGAAGGUGCCGCCGGCCCUCAGCCACAUCCUCUUCCUCUUCGGCCUCUUCAACGCGUGCCUGGACCCGGUGGUCUACGGGCUCUUCACGGUGCAUUUCCGCCGGGAGAUGUGGCGCGCCUGCCGCUGCAGCCGCCGACGGCAGGAGCAGGACGCGGCGGCGCUCACCGGCUCCUUCCGAGCCUCCACCGCGGCCGGGAGGGCUGGGAGCAGCCUGGGGGGGGCCCAGCGGCAGCCUGGGGGGGCCCAGCAGCAGCUUGGGGGGCGCUGAGAGGCACGAGCUGGGGGCGCUGGCCCGGAGGUGCGAGCUGUGCCGCCGGCGGACGGUGGAGAGCUUCAUGUGAGGGGCGCCCCGAGCGCGGCCGCGCCGCUCCCCGCGGUAACCUCGGGGUUUCUGCUUGGCCUCGGGCCGUGGGGGUGGCUCC